AUGCCCGGGAAGAACGGGACUAUCAAAACCCUUACGACAGACACCGCGGCCUCCGAUCGUGUCAAUCCCUCGACUCUGGAUUUGCUCGACGUAGGCUCAGCCGCCAACACGCGCAAGCGCCAGCCACAACGCGAGCCAACUCCACCUCAUGCGCAUCCUCAGGACAAGCGGGCGCGCCUGCAAUCACAUAGAGAUCCCUCUGAAGAUGAGAUCAGCAACCCUCAGCAGCCCCUUGACCUCGAAGAAUAUGAGGUGCCCCCGCCAGGUACUCCACGUCCCGAAGAUGUCGAUCCCUUGAACGAGGAGGACUACGAGCGUACGAAUUCAGAGAGAGAAGACGCACGCGCGUCUGCUGUGCCCGAAGGACUUCAGGAUGUGGAGACUCAGGCGCCUCGGUUCAACCCCGUCCUGCACGAUAUCCAAGUAUCUCUCCGCUUCAUUGAGCUGCUCAAGGAAGCGGCACUGGACAGUACCAUUGAGCCGCUGCCUGCGGACGUCAUCAACCAGAUCCGGAACCCGCCACUCGCUGUUGCAGAGGUCGAUGAUCCAGACACCCGCUAUUCGCUGGAACUAUUCUUCGCCCUGACCAACGCGUCCAAGGACGAGUACAACAACUCCCGAGCAGCCUACCUUCGACGUCACCCUGAGGGGAGUGUCCUUUCCUUUUAUGCGGUCAAAAAACUCGUGCGCGAACUGAGCGGUAUCGUGGAGGUCAAGCGCGACAUGUGCGACAAUUCCUGCAUUGGGUACACCGGUGCCUAUCGCGAAUUGGAUGCAUGCCCCUACUGUGGCGAGUCCCGGUACGAACCGUGCCCUCAAUCAGGUCCAGGAUCUCGCACAAAGCAUCCUCGAAAACAAUUCACCACCCUUCUGCUCGGCCCCCAGAUACAGGCGCAGCGUCGAGGGCCCGAGACGUCGCAUCUCAUGCGGUACCGGCAGCGUUGCACGGAAGCGGUCUUGGAAGAGCUAAACGCGAACGAGGGGGUGAGAACCUCACCCUACCGUGAUUAUAUCGAUGGCGCUGCCUAUCUCGAGGCGGUAGAUGACGGGCGCAUCUCUCCUGAUGAUAGCGUCGUUGUCCUGUCUAUGGAUGGCGCUAUGCUGUAUCGCAACAAGACUUCCGACUGCUGGAUCUAUAUCUGGCUCUUCAUGAACUACGACGUCGAUGUGCGCUACAAGAAGCGCUUCGUCGCCAUUGGGGGCACCAUACCAGGCCCGAACAAGAUACGCAAUGCCGAUAGCUUCCUCUUUACCGGCCUGCACCAUGUUGCGGCUAUCCAGAAGGAGGGUCUGACGGUGUGGGAUGCAGCUACUCAGCGCACUGUUACCGAUCGUCCCUUCCUCCACCUCGUAACCGCGGAUGGGCCUGCUAUGGCCUAUCUGGAUGGGUUUGUUGGUCAUCACGGGCGCAUACACUGUCGCUUUUACUGCCCCAUUGUCGGUCGGCACAAACUGGGCGGUCCUCACUACUAUCCCGCGCGUCUCCGUCCACACAACUAUCAGGUUACUGGAUGUGACCACGAUGAUGUAGACCUUGUCGAUCUGCUGGCUAGUCAUGACUCGUCUCGGGCAGCAGCGCGGUACAGCGCGAAUCUUGUCACCGUCGUCAACUCCCCGAAUAUGUCCCGCUACGAGAAGAAUCGACUGGAGACCGGCAUUGUCAAACCGUCGAUCUUCAGUGGCCUGCCCCCGAAGCGUAUCCUUGGCAUUCCCGCGAUGUUUGGAGGCGAUGCUAUGCACCUGCCCACCCUCAAUAUCCCCGACCUCUACAUAUCGCUCUGGCGUGCGACCAUGGACUGCGAUACUCGAACUGAUGACAAAAGAACGUGGCCUUUCGCUGUGCUGAAGGAUCCCGCACACUGGAAAGUCCAUGGCAAGCAUGUGGGCGAUGCUAUACCAUUCACUCCAGGCUCCUUCGACCGUCCGUCUCGCAAUCCUGCUGAGAAGAUUUCCAGUGGCUAUAAGGCUUGGGAGUUUCUCCUCUACUUCUACGGUCACUGCCCCUGCUUGCUCUUUGGAUUGCUCCCAGAAGCGUACUAUGUCCAGUUCUGCAAGCUUGCCCGUGCUGUGCGUAUCCUCAUCGAGGAGAACAUCACGCCGGAGGAGCUUGCAGAAUCGGACGAGCUAAUGACGGCGGCUUCCAACGGAUUCGAGGAGCUAUAUGUCCAGCGACGGGCUGACCGCCUUCACUUUGUGCGCGCGAGCGUGCAUGCCCCCUCGCAUAUGCCUGGAGAGACGGAGCGCCUUGGGCCAGGCAUGAUAUACUCGCAGUAUACUAUGGAACGGACUAUCGGCAAUCUCGGUGAGGAGAUCAAGCAGCACUCGAAUCCCUAUGCGAACCUCAGUGAGCGCGCUGUCCGACGCUGUCAGAUCAAUGCCCUCAAGGCGCUUGUACCCGAAAUCGAGCCCCCAACCGCUGCAGAGUUCCCAGCGAGCGCGAGAGUGCUAGGGGACGGGUAUGCUCUCCUCCCGCGUCGAGACAAGAUCACGCGGCCAACAACUUCUGCUGAAGGGCGUGCCCUCUAUGCAUAUCUCGAGGCACACGGCGCUUUGGAGGAUGAGCUGGCCAGUAUCCAGACGACAGUACCAAAGGUUCGUCGAUGGGCUCGUCUGCGACUUCCGAAUGGACAGACUGCUCGCUCGCGCUGGAAGGAGGAAAAGAUGGGCCUCAAAGUGCGGAUGUCUCGCAACGUUAAGAUCAACACGGCGUCCGGACAGCGCUUUGGGGAGGUGCACUACUACACCCUCAUUUCCGUCAACAACAUUACACACCCAGUUGCAGUUGUUUCGCUAUACGGUCCGCCACACGAGGCGAUUUAUAGGCUCUCUUCCAAGAUGUAUGUCACCAUGCAGCACCAUCGGGAUGUUGAUGUGCAUGUUGUCGACGCGCGGAGCAUAGCUUCUGUGGUUCUUCUUGCCCCGGAUCCGCGCUAUCCCCUUUUCUUUAAAGAUGACUCUGCCCUAAAUCGCUACUACUUGGUAGAGAGACCAGGGUUGGGCAUGUUGAGCAGGAUAGGCUAUAACUACGAGGCCCCCGAUGACGGUUCCGACAAUGAAUUAGAUUAA